AUGGUUGCAUCGAAUGCAAGCGCCGUCAUAUCAAGGUAUCGUCGCAGCACAAGCUUAGAUCCGCAGGGGUUGACCGAGGCUGACACUGCGCGCCAGUGCGAUGAGAGCCGUCCAGUAUGUGCGAAUUGCAAUAUUUCGAACCGUCACUGCUCGUAUGAAGAUCUAGUGUCGAAAGCAUAUACUUUGGUGAAGUCGCCCUCGAAGUUACCGACUUCGCGUGGUCCCAAGGGCGCCGAUAAAACGACUCUCAAAUCACCAUCACGCAGCUCCAUUGAUGCUGGGACAGCCAACGAUAGCCUGCCAGUCAACAAGCUGCACCUAGAGUUAUUCCACCACUUUAUCUCCGAGAUCCUGACAGUCGUUGGCUUCGAAAGGCUUUCUGAUGGAUGCUCUACUGUCAAGAUGAUCAAAAUUAUAUUGACCGCCCCAUUCCUGAUGAACCAGAUCCUCGCCUUCGCUGCAUUGCAUCUCAGCAUUAUCCGACCACUCCAGCGGAAAUUCUACAGAGACCACGCAGCCCAGCUACAAACUCAUGCGUUAUCUGAAUUUAACGGUGCAAACAUGGAUCUCACUCCCGACACAUGCCUCCCCAUGUUUCUCUUUUCCUCCAUCCUCGCACUGCACAUGCUCAGCGAGAAGCUGGUAUACUGCAAAGACGCCUUUGAAGACUUUCUCGAUGACUUCAUCCAGUCCCUGCGGCUGUAUCGCGGCGUCCGUGCUGUCACCAAUCAGUCCUGGCAUCUGCUUCGGGAAUCACCUCUUAAGUCCGUACUCGAAGUCGAAGCGCAUGCCCUGGACCAAGGAGUGUCCGAGCACGAGUGCCUCGAGCUCAUGUCUCGGAUUGAAAGCAGCCCCCUUGAUUCAAAUAUCAAGGACAUAUACCGACAAGCAAUUGAGUACCUGCAGAAGGCAAUCAAUGCAAGCCACACGCACCCCUCGAAACUAUCUACAAUUGGCCCCAUCCUGUCCUGGCCGGUCAUAAUCCCUGAUCAGUACAUAGAUUUUCUAUCAGAGCGCCGCCCCCAAGCACUCGUCAUCCUCUCCUACUUCGGUGCUCUUUUGCACUUGCACCGUGAUAUGUGGACAUUCGGUGACGGAGGUCUGUAUAUUAUAUCAUCCGUCAAGGGCUACCUGGGACCUUCCUGGGCGGAUUGGUUGCGUUGGCCGAACCAGGUGAUGGAUGAGCCCUCAAUAAUGUCUGAAAUCGAUGGAUAUCCGACCCACAAAUGA